AUGUUCGCCACGCACCGUCUUCUCCAACCGUUUGCAACACGCAUAACGCUGUUCACGCGGCCCGGCUGCGGUCUCUGCGAGCAAGGCAAGGCAAACCUCUCGCAGGUUUGGGACAAACGCCCCUUUGCAUAUGCGGAAGAGAAUGUCGAUGCGCAAGAGUCAAAAUGGAGGGAUCUUUAUGAUUUUGACGUGCCUGUUAUUCACAUCAGCAGAUCUGAGGCCCCCCCUGAAGACGUAUCUACAGCUUCCAAGGCCAUCAAGCUCAUGCAUCGCUUCACACCCGCCGAGGUGGAGGCCAAGAUGGACGUAGCCGAACAGAAACAUUAG